GUACUUUAAUUUUGGUUUUAUGAUCUCCAUGUUGAGCUUGCCAAAACGGCUUGCUCAGCAUUGAUAACAUUCAAGGAACGUUAGUUGCCGAUCGUUACUCCAUUCGAUACCCAUGACGUCCGCUUGUCACUGCGUCUCGCACACAUCUGCGAACAUACUCGAGUGUGGAUGCCUUCGCGUUCCCGCUUCGCAGGCCCUUUGUCGCGGGCCAAAAAACCGCCACCGGACGGGGAACGCCACGAAGUCGCGAAACCAUCCACACUCGCGGUUCGCCCUUCGCGGAUAUUCGCGCCGCGAAUGUGGAGCCGGCUUUAGUGCAAAGCUGAAAUAGCCUCUCAAGGCUAUCAGCAUAGGUAGGCAAAAAAAUUAUCAUAUGUACUGUGCCGGCAGGUGGCGUGAGCGUGCAGCUGGAGGACAGGGAGCCGGCGAGCAGGCUGGACGGGCGGCACCGGGGCAAGCUGCUCGUCCUCACUUACCCCUGGGACGGGAACGCGCAGCCGGGGAACGAGUUCUGGAAAGGCAAGUUGAAAAGUUCAGGAGACCCGGCCGCGGCCUGCUCGACUCAAGUCGCGGAGCUCCACAACCCGCACAUCAACCCGCGCGCGGCCGCACGCACCGCGCGAGUGGCCGCGCGCGACGCCGUGCUGCCGCUGCGGACGUACGCGGGGCGCCGCUAGCGGAACGCGCGAGGUCGCUUGGUUAGCAAUGCGGUCUCUAAAUGUAAACUUGUGAUAGUAGUAGAUAUACCGUAGAUUGGGGGGAACAGUGACCAUUACCAAACCCAACACGAAUUUUCAAUGGUUUUUGUUUCAAAUCAAAUCAAAU